AUGCCUCCAAAGAAAUCCAAAAGCCGAAAAGUCUCUGCGAGCGGGGUUACUGCCGAAGCAUUGACGCGGUGGAAGAAUGUGCGUGGUCGUCGGGGCGGCCUGAAGAGCAUAAUCAAUAUGCCAAUGGACGUCAUCCAGGAGAGGAGCUCCGCGUAUCUAUGGAAGGACGCCUUGAAGAAGGUCGAUGGACUCCCUUCUUGUCCGGAGGGAUGGAUCGAACCCGCAUGGGUGUCCCUCGUCUUCUCUCCGUAUUGUACCGCUUGCGGCGAGGGCAAAGCUGCGGCAGUAGCUUGGGAGUUUCUCGCCCGAUUUUGCACGAGUUGUAGGGAUAAAAUGGUCGUCGCCGAGAAUAAGUUGCGUCUCACACAUGAACAGUGUCGACACUUCGGCAUGAUUUCAAAAGAGGCUUUCAUCAAAGCACCGGUAACUGGGUUCAAACGACACUGCUAUAUGUGGUCACAAAUUCUUGAAGUCCUCGAAGCUUACGGAACACUUGAUAAAUCUGGGAAGGCGAAGGAGGCAAGUGACUGCGCUAACAAAUACGUCCAGCAGGCGAGACGGUCACAAGAGCAUGCGGCCCUGUGCCGAAAGUGGGCUGACAAUGAGGAGCGCCUGCGGACCGGGGAAGUAGAAUCCAUUAUUCGUGGACGAUUUAAGGAGCUACGCGCACUUGGAUGGGGACCGGAGCUUGACUUUAUCAAGACCCAAGACUACACGCCACUCUCUCAACACAAGCUUGUACUUGUUGCUAAGAAGCUCACCGACCGAGUAUGGCAGAACAUACAAAGCGAGUUCAUCCAUUGCAUGGAAGGGAUACGCGAGGAGCGCUUGGAACAUGAGUUCAAACCCGUGCUGGCGAAGCGCUGGCCCAUCCUAGUGAGCGCUGGGAACGAGCUACUAGACCGGUAUCUAGGCGAACAUCCAGACCUGCUGGCUUACGGAUUCAACGUUGGGGACCUUGCUAUCUCUCAGGAGUUUCGCAACAUAAUGAACGAACCUGCCGACGAGGACGUGGACAUCACAAGCUUUUUCGCCCUAGAGGGGCAUGUGGGCACGAUUGUGGAGAGAUGGCGGACACGCGUCUGCGAAGAACUGCGCGGAUUAUUCGUCAAGCACGAAAUCAAGUUGCCUGAAGGCAGGGACCCGCUUGAGCUCGCCACAACACUGUUCUCCGGCACUAGCACUAGCACUAGCUUCUGGCAACAUGCAUUCUUUCCGGACGUCGUUGCAGAUCGGUAUCUGCGCUUCUCUGAUAAUUUCAAAGCGAAAGACGGGUACGAGAGGUUUGUGUACGACCAACCAUCGGCACGGCUACGCUGCUAUAUAUCGUGCGAUAUGCUUCGCCCGAUACAACCUGGCGCAAAAUUCAUGCAAGAGAUAAUAGAGCUCUGCGGAAGGGAUCCGGUCACCGUCACUGCGGAGGAAAUGGAUGUGCUGGAUGUCAGAUUGGUGGAUGAAUGUAGACAUAUAUGUGUCACUUGGCGUGGCGCGAUACUACUAUCCUCGGCCAGAGGCGGCUGGUACAAAUGGCGAUUGGCCAGCAUAGAUGAGACUGCCAAGGUGAAGAAACUCGAGAUGGUGAAAUUAGAAAAAGAAAAGCUGUGGACGUGCACCAGAUGUGAGACAUCGCGCAUGCCCGUGGAUCGACACGCGAUAUGGGAGCAUCUCCGAAACGAUCACGAGAUUGAACGUCCGGAGACAGCGAAUGAAGCCAUCAAGAUGAACCGGAUUUUGGCAUCGACAGUAUUGGGGCGAAUCAUGAUCCCUGUCGGGCGCUCGGUCAGGAUGCAGACAGACAUCAGAGAGGAACCUGAUCACGGCGAUGGCCACAUCAUCUCCGAGUCAAGAUUAUCGGUGAAUGCUGGCACCGCUUACAGGAAGGGGACUAUGGUACAACCUUCGCUCAUCAAUCCCGAUGGCGACGAAGAGCCGGAUUAUUCUCUGUCUCGCAAGCUUGUCCGACAUGAGCAUCCAGCUGAGCGAGCAGCGGUUGCCAUUGUGGACUGUCCGACUCCGAGUCCUUCGACCGCCGCCCAGUGCUCCGUCACCAGCGCUCUCGCUCACUGGUCGCCGGGCGGGACCAACCCGCUGAGUUUCUUUCAUGCUGCACGCAACACGCUUACACUGGCUCGCGUCGGCACGAGCAUCGCUAGCUCGUGUCAUGCACACGCGAGUCAGGCUGGAGGCAACAUGCUUACACUGGACGCAGUAUGCUUCACUGGCUCGUGUCAGCACGAGCUCAUAGCCAGCGAGUGUCACACACGAGUCAGGCUGGACGCAGCAGGCUUAUACUGGCUCGCGUCAGCACGAGCUCAUAGCCAGCGAGUGUCACACCGGGUCAGGCUGGAUGCACCAGCGAGUGUCACACACGGGUCGGGCUGGACGCAGCACGCUUACACUGGCUCGUGUCGGCACGAGCAUAACACGCUCGUGUCAUUCACUGCACACGAGUCAGGAGCAUGCAGCAGCAGCAUGCUUACACUGGCACUGGCUCGUGUCGGCACGAGCGUAACGAACUCGUGUCAUCCACUGCACACGAGUCAGGCUGGACACACCGGGCUCGAUGAGCACGACGCGGCACUGCUCCUCCUAGGGUCAGCGGAGCGAUGUUUGCUUCGCGGCGCCCAUCCGGCGGGACUCUGCGAACCGGUUGAUCAGCAAUACGGGUCAUUGGCGUCGUCAGUGUUGGACACUGACUCACAGAGCAUGUACGACGAGGCUCGUCGGCUUCUGGACUGGGGGUAACGGCUUCGCCGCAACGCGCCGCCGUACUCGACGUCUUCAUAUUGGGUAUCGCGGCUCACCCGUUGCCCCUCAGGUCCAGGCACACUCUUCGAGUCGGGCAGCCCUGCGGGCUGCGCCCCACACCGCCAAUCAUUCCCCUCUCGCUCUCUUGCAACUGACCAUCCAAGCUCACUCAGUAAUAAUGAGGCGGGCUGCUGGUACGCCUCGCUUCACACGUGACCGUCAUAUCCGCCACGCCGGUCAUCGUAUCCCAGUGCAUAGA